UUAUUUCAAUUUUUAAAAUAAAUUCAUUAAUACAUUCAUGAAAUUAUUAAAGUAAUUAGAAUAUAUCUCUGGUGAUAUUUUUUUUUAUAAACUAAAAGUAGUUGUGUAUAGUGGUGUCAUUUAUAAUGAAUCAGGAGUCAAAUAGACUAAACACAUUCACAAAUUGGCCAACUUCAGCUCCUGUAGAUCCAAUACGAAUAGCCAAAGCGGGUUUCUUUUAUACUGGGCAGGGAACAGAGGUUGAGUGUUUCAGUUGUGGAGGAAAAAUAUCAGAGUGGAAUUACGGAGAUCAGGUUAUGUGGCGACAUAGAGUCAUGGAUCCAAAUUGUGCAUUUGUUUUGAAUCCAGUUUCAUCUGGCAAUGUUCCUCUAGUUGUUGGUCGUGAGUGCAAUUCUAUACAAAGCGCAGAGCAAAGAAAUACUUCUCAAAAUAGCCAGCAAGAAACAGAUCCACCUGCGGAAACCCAGAGGGUUACUGAAGAGGAUGAAAUGUACAAGAGUGAUGCAUUACGUUUGUUGUCAUUUGUGAACUGGGAUGACUCAUCAGUAGCACGAGAAGAACUGGUGAAUGCUGGUUUCUACCAUGCUGGUGCAGGACGUAUCCGAUGUGCUUGGUGCGGAGGAGAAUUGGCACCUUUCAGAAAUUUAGGGUCACUUGGUACUCCAUUAGAUGUGCAUAGAAUGUAUUUUCCAAGAUGUGAGCAUGCGGCAACAUUGGAGGAGGAACGACGUAAUAGCGAAUUUUCGCCGCCAAUAUCGCCUCCUUCGUACACACCACCAUUGACAUCGCCGUCCACCACCAGACCUCAAUCUUCAGGUGCUGUACAAAACGCACGCGUGGUAGAGGCAGGUGCGGAGUGGAGAUCUCUUGGUGUAGUGGGGGGAGGGGCGAGGCAUCCCUCCCGCGCCGCGCUCGCCGCUCGUCUCGCUACGUUCGAGCGAUGGCCCGCGGACCGAGCACAGGCCCCGAGAACUCUCGCCGAUGCUGGCUUCUUCUAUACUGGGAUUGACGAUCAGGUGCGGUGCUUCUACUGCGACGGCGGGCUGGGCAAGUGGGAGGCGGGCGACGCGCCGUGGUCGGAGCACGCGCACUGGUUCCCGCACUGCGGGUACGUGCGCCUCGUGCGCGGGCAGGACUUCGUGGACGCCUGCCGCGCGCGCGCCGUGCCGCGCUCGUUCUCAGCCGACGGAGGUUUGACGUCUAGAAACCGAAAUCCAUCAGUUAAUUUUCCAGUUUCGGGUAGCCAGAUAGAAGAAUGUAUGGAAAGUAACGCAGCAGUGGCAGCGUUGGGUGCCGGGUUGGACGCCGCGAGAGUUCGGCGGGCAAUAGUAAGAAGAUUGCGAACUACUGGUUUACCAUUCAGCUCGUCCGAAGCACUGAUUGACGCAGUGUUGGACGAGCAGUUAAAUGAAGAGGCUUGGUCGGUGUCCCCCCACAGUCAGCGACUCGCGAGGGAUAUCCUCGCCGAGACCUUGAGGGAUUUUGCACCACGAUCUGGAAUAAUUCCAUCGACUACAGACGAGGAGCGACCUGACAGUCAAGCGUCACAGUCAGACAGUCCAGUUCGAUCCCCCACUCCGAGUAAUCUUUCAAUACCAUCGAAUAAUCCAUCAGAUAACAGCAGAACAGAAAACUUAACUAGUGAAAGCAGUAAUAAUAAUCACGAACGAAACGCCAGUCCAGUUUCCAACCCAAAACAAUUGACGUUAGAAGAAGAAAACAGACAGUUAAGGGAAGCGAGAAUGUGCAAAGUCUGUAUGGACAAUGAGGUGAGCGUGGUGUUCCUGCCGUGCGGACACCUGGUGUCGUGCGCGGGGUGCGGCGCGGCGCUGGGUGCGUGUCCGCUGUGUCGCGCGCAGGUGAAGGCACUUGUCCGCGCCUACCUCGCUUGACCGACUCAUGUACGACAUGUAAACUUGUGGUGUGAGAAUGAAACAAUGGAAUUGAUACAAAACUGUCCGGAGCAGCACAGAGGUUCAUUAAGUGCAUGGCUUAUUUAGGAAAUAUUUUGUAAAUCUGUAUUGGCGUUUGAUUUACUAUUGUAUGGCGUAUGAUUUAUAAUUCACUGUCACAUACUAAAAAAAAUUGCAUACAUACUAUCUUAAUAAAUGUCAUAAAAGCGUUCAAUAUUUAUUACGAAUGAUCAAUUUUCAGUCAUUGAUAUAUACUUUUGAAGUAAUCGGAUAAAAAUUAAAAAACAAAAGCUCAAUGAGUCGUUUAUUAUGGAUAUUUUCUGGCACGUGUAGUGCUGUAUAUACCGUACACAAUGCUAUACCAUUGUACUAUAUAGCCUAUUCCAAUCGAAGAACACAUAGUUACUGAUUAAUAUAUCUUUAUUUAUAAUACAAUACUUCCACGUAACUAGUUAUAUUCACUUUAAUUUGACUUCAAAAGUUUCGAUAACAACUUCGCCGACAUUUAAGACGCCAUUUUAUCACGAAUCCAUAAUGAAAGUCAUAGAUUAUUUAAGAUCGCGACCAAUGAUAUCGUCUCAAUUCAAUGUUUAUUUCUCUUUACUCCUCGUAUAGUUGCAAUAGGCCAAACAGUACGAUGUUGUACUAAUCUGUAGAUUUAAAUGCUUAACGUGGUAGUUGUGAUAUCACUUGCCUUUUAGAUCAUUAUUUAUAGUUGUCAUUGUAGUGUAAUCAUAAUUUGGUGCCUUAUGUUGUACGCAAUCAGUAAACUUAAUCACUUGGACUUUUUAAAGUAUUUUUAUCUCUUUCUUGUGUGUGCUACACCCACAGGAUAGAAAAGGAUAACCAGUCUUCUGUCAAACCAGUUUAAAGAUUGUGCACAGCAUAAUUAGCAGUAGCAAUGUCAUAAAAAGUGCAAGUUAUCUUGUUCAUUUGAUAGAUAUCUUAUGUAUUAAAAUUGUAUAAAGCUAUAGUUUCACAUUUAAUAAUAAUAAUAAUUUAAAAAUUUACGGCUCAUAUAGUUUUAAAAUCUUAUGUAGUUUGGACAAGAGUUCCAGCCCAGCCCUAGUUUAGAUAAAUGUGGGAAUAUUUAUAUAUAAUAGAAUAAUGUAUUUUUUAUCUAAUACAAUCGUUACCUAACGCCAUUAUGAUUUUGAUGGGUAUUUAUAGUAAAAAAAUUGUUUAAAACAAUUAAAAAACGAUUUAAUUUGGAAAAUGGAUGACAACAUUUCAUGUUAUUUUUUUUUAUAUGAUGUUGGCCCCCAUUUGUUUUGAAUUUCAUAAAUAUGAAUUAAAUAAAACUAAGUUGUUAAGAACAAUUUUGAAACCAUAGAGUAAUUUGAAAGUUUUAAUUAUAAGGAAAUAUAAUGUAAUACAAUUACUAUGUAACAUUGCUAGCACCAAAAUAAAAAUAGAAUGCUUAACUCAAUAUAAUAUAAUAAAAAAAUACUAUUACUUUUAAAACUACUUAAGAUAUUGAUGUAUAGAAAAAAUAUAUUGCAAUAGCAUUUGUAGUUUAAUAUAAUAAAAUUUUUAAAUCUUUAGAUAGUAAUGAAAUUAGUUUAAUUACUAUUUUUUGAUUAAAAAUAUUUUUAAUCUGUAUUCUUAAAAAACACCGUGUGAUUGGAUUUUCAUGGCAAGUUAUAGAUUUAAUCGCAUUUUACAAGCUAAAAUUGAAUUAAUUCCUUGUACAAUGAAAUAUUUGAAUCAUUAAAAUUAAAUAGUAAAAAAAAAACAAUUAUUUUUAAUUAAAAAAUUGCAACUAUUAUAUUAAAUUGUAUGUAAUUACGUCAAAGGUGGACAAAUGCCGGUUUGUAAGACAAAUUCUUUGGCCACGCUUUUCGUUGUCAUCAUACAAUUGAGAUAAAACAACAAAAUUUGAUAGAAUGUGUAAUUAUUAAUAACUCUCGUAAGAAAUACAAACAGUUUCAAACCCAGAAAUUGCCAACUAUUUCUAUGGAAACGCAAUAUGAGAAUUAUAAGCGAUUCCUUAUAAUAUAAAUGCGCCGACAACAAUGAGAUCUUUACUAUAUUCAAAUAACAGAAGGAGUAAAUAUAAACAUACCAUACAUUAACAUUCCAAACUAUAUAAUGUUUAAUAAAUCUUUGUUUAUAAUACAAUGAUUUAUAUUCACUUUUAAUUUACUUCCGAAGUUUUCUUAAUUGCCUCAGAACUCAUUUUUUUCACGAAUCCAUUAUGACCAAUCUCUCGACCAAUGAUAUCGCGUCGAUUCAAGGUCGAAGCUGUUUAUUUGUCGUUACUCCUUCCGCCUUUGGAAUAGACUGAGAUAGUAAGAUGUUAUGCUGACUCACUCUCCCUUUAAACGGGAUCACAAUGAUACCAAGUAUUGAUAUUUAGCAAGUAGAUGAGACUGAUGGUCCAUCUAGGUCGAUGUUUGUUAUAUCUUUUGAUUAAAUCUCAUAAAAUGUUGAAGCGAAUUUAAUCAGAACAAGAUAUUGGUGCCCCGAGGUAUUCGUUGUUAUUCAAAUAUGAAGUGCAAGCAAUGAAGAGUGAAUGACUGAGUUAACAUUUUAAAUAAUAAAAUUAAGAAAUAAAUAAAUGUAAAACAAUAAAAACAUAAUAGUUUAAAUGUUCUUAUCACGUGGUUUAGCGUUUUUGCCCCACUUAUAUACUACCGUUCAAAAGUUUGAAAGCAGCGAAAUAAAAAUCACCCUUCCACCCAUGUUCCUCAGGCAAAUUACAAAUAGCGCUUCGCUGGUCAAGUGUGAUUUUCUUACGUCUUGCCAUUUUCAGAAGAAAACAGUAGUCGAAAUCUUUCGAAUACAGAGAAUGUUAAUAUCACAACCAAAUUUUGUCAGAGGUGUUUUGUUUAUAUGAAAGCAUGCGCUUCCAAACUUUUGGACGGUAGUGUAUAUAUCUAUAAGUGUAAAAUAUAACAGUAAAUACGGACGCAUAGUUUAAAAAUAUAUUAUAAUAUUAUUUGACGAGCCGGUUGGCAUGGUUGGUAGAUACUUGCCUUUUCACGCCGAAGGUUGUGGGUUCGAUUCCCACCCAGGACAGACAUUUGUGUGCAUGAACAUGUCUGUUUGUCCUGAGUCUGGGUGUAAUUUUCUAUAUAAUUAUGUAUUUACAAAAGAAAAGUAGUAUAUGUAGUAUAUCAGUUGUCUGGUUCCCAUAGCACAAGCUUUGUACAAGCUUAAUUUGGGAUCAGAUGGCCGUGUGUGAAAAAUGUCCCAGGAUAUUAUUAUUAUUAUUAUACUAUUUUUAAAUAAAAAAUAUAUAAAUAUUAACAGAUAAAUAUGACAUAAAACCUUAAUUAUGACAAACGCGCCACGAUUUCAAUUUCCAUCGUCCAUCUUAUUAGUCAGAUCAUUAAAAACUGAAAAUGUCUGUCGCGAGUUGUCGCGUCGCAGCAAUAUGUGCGCUUAGCAAGUGCCGCGCUUGUGUGGUAUGGCCUUAAGAUUUAUAUAAUGUCAUAAAUGUGAAUAAUGCCUAUUACGAGUCUGAGACUCGUGUCUUUAAAGAGUAAACGAAGUUAUUAGAUACUGUGUUUGUGAUUUAUUAAUGAAUAUAUAUGAGGAUUGCGGAUUAUUUGCGGAUUUUUUGUUUUCGGAAACGCUGUAAUUAUAUUAUGCGUUUUUAAACGCGCGCUAGAGUUUAUUGAUUGUCAUUACGGUAGAUUAACUCACAUAGAGUUUCUAAGAUUUUUUGUUUUUUGUAUGCCGGCAUUUUCUUAAUUGUUCACAAAUGGUAACUUCUAGAACAUAUAUGAUUUAUUUGUUAGUCACACGUUAUUAUUUUUCUAUACAACGUAAAUUAAAAAAAAGAAGCUAUGAGUGCCAUCGCGGUUCGGGAUUUUCCAUACAGCUAAACAGCUUCGUCAUAUUCGUCCCUAUCCUGUUUUUCUUUGUAACAAAAUAUAAAUUGUGUUAAAGUACGUAUUUUUUUAAUAUAUUAUAUUCAUAAAUUAUGUAUAUAAUUACUUUUAAUUUUGUAUUCUUGAACGUUUUUUUUUUUGUCUAUGGCCAAAAUCAUGUUGUUACCUUUGUGUGCUCUUUACAAAAUAUCCUUUCGUUCUAACAUAAGUCUACAAAUAUUAAUAAUAAAAAUCAUAUCCAUGAAUGUCCCAUAUUUUGAAUACUUUGUGGCGGCAGACCGGAAACACUUGGAAGAUAAGUAUAAAAUACUGACCGCGAUAAUUUAUAACUAUACAAAUGUUAUAAUAGGAAUCGAUUAAACAGUUAUUUUUAAUUGUGUUGCCAAAUUUGAAAUUUGAAUUAUGCGCUACACAUAUGGAUACUGCCUCAGUGAUUAAAUUGUUAACAGUUUGGAUUUUACAGUAAUUUUAAACUUAUUUACUAAAGCGUCAUAACUAUGGAUAUUAUUAACAUCUUAAACAUAUGAUGAUAAUGUGCAGGGCAUGACGCAACGUCCGGUUUUAAUGAACUUAUUUACGUUAUUGCCAUUAUCGACGCGUUUUGAAUGUUGAUGAUGGAUAGCAUAAAAUAAUUACAUUUUUUUUUAUUUAAUCAAGUUCAAUCCUGAACUUAAACUGUGAUUUGGCUACACAUUAAAAAUAGCGUAAAUUAAAGGACCGUUUUUUUGUUUCAUUUAACAAAGAAAUCUUUAUACGAGUCGCAUGUAAAUAAUAUAAUUAUUAUAUAAUAUAUUAAUAACUUCAGUAAGUCGUUAUAAGAUCUGAGACUUUUAUGUAACAGUUAAAUUAAAAAAAAAUCGAAUAAAAAUUGUUAUACAUUAUAUCGCUACUUUAAAAUUAACUUUUUCUUAUACAUAUAUAUAACUUUAAAAAAUAAGGAUUAGUAGAACAAACUAUUGUACAUUCGUUGCAAUAUUCUUGUCUAGUUAAUUAUGUCAUGUGACUAGUAGUAUGGUGAUGUAGCUUGUAAAGGUACCAUUUACCAGAUUCAAUAAAAUAUUAAUAACUUA